CGGAGGAGGCUUUAAAGAACCACGGCCCCCCCCGCACCGCCACACACGAUAAUUGAAUUUAUUAUUAUUGCCGUCUCGCCGACUUGGGGAAGGGGGAUCGAUCUUCGAUCAGGAAGAUGGCUGCUGGCUGGCUGCUGGUCUUUAGCCUGACACUUUUCCAGUCCCUGGUGAUGAACCACUCCUCGGAGGGACCCUUCCCCUCGGCCACCACGAUAAAAGCAUGGGUGGAUAAGAUGCAAGAAGAUCUUGUGACUCUCGCACGGACUGCAAGCGGAGUGGACCGGCUUGCUGAUAUUUAUUUGAAAAACACAGCAUUGUAUACUGUACAAGCAAACAACCCUCGUCAGCUAGUGGAAAUUGCAGCCAGAGACAUUGAAAAACUUCUAAGUAACAGGUCUAAAGCCUUGGUGCGCCUUGCUAAAGAAGCAGAGAAGUACCAAGCCUCACAUCAGUGGAGGGAUGAGUUUGGGAAUAAUGAUAUAAUCUAUUACAAUGCAAAAGACGAUCAGAAUGAUCCUGAAAAGAAUGAAACUGAAUCUGGCAGCCAGAGAAUCAGACCAGUAUUUGAAGACGAUCCUGUUUUCCGACGGCAAACAUCUUACCAACACGCAGCAGUCCAUAUACCAACAGAUAUUUAUGAAGGCUCAACAAUAGUGUUAAAUGAGCUCAACUGGACGGCAGCGCUGGAUGAUGUGUUCAAGCGGAACAGGGAAGAGGACCCCACUUUAUUAUGGCAGGUUUUUGGUAGUGCCACUGGCCUCGCAAGGUAUUACCCAGCUUCCCCAUGGGUAGAUAAAAGUCGAACUCCUAACAAAAUAGAUCUGUAUGAUGUACGCAGAAGACCAUGGUAUAUCCAAGGAGCUGCUUCUCCCAAGGACAUGCUUAUUUUAGUGGAUGCGAGUGGGAGUGUCAGUGGAUUGACCUUGAAGCUGAUCCGCACAUCGGUCAUUGAGAUGUUGGAGACCUUGUCUGACGAUGACUUUGUGAAUGUAGUUUCUUUUAAUAAUAAUGCUCAGAAUGUCAGCUGCUUUAAUCAUCUUGUCCAAGCUAAUGUGAGGAACAAGAAGAAACUGAAAGAAGCUGUCUAUAAAAUCUCUGCUAAAGGAAUUACAGAUUACAAAAAAGGUUUUAGCUAUGCUUUUGAACAGCUGCUAAAUCACAGUGUCUCCAGAGCUAACUGCAAUAAGAUUAUUAUGCUGUUUACAGAUGGUGGUGAAGAAAGAGCACAAGAAAUUUUCCACAAAUAUAAUGAAGACAAAAAAGUACGUGUGUUCACAUUUUCUGUUGGCCAACAUAAUUAUGACAAAGGACCCAUACAGUGGAUGGCCUGUGAAAAUAAAGGUUAUUAUUAUGAAAUCCCAUCUAUUGGAGCCAUAAGAAUAAACACCCAGGAAUAUCUGGAUGUUUUGGGAAGACCAAUGGUUUUAGCUGGAGAGCAAGCCAAACAAGUUCAAUGGACAAAUGUCUAUCUGGAUGCUCUGGAGCUGGGCCUUGUGAUUACAGGAACCCUGCCUGUCUUCAAUCUAACAAGGGAACAAAAUGGGAAAAUUAACCAGCUGAUUCUUGGAGUAAUGGGGGUCGAUGUCUCUCUGGAGGACAUAAAAAAACUGACUCCCCGAUUUACGCUUUGUCCCAAUGGAUACUAUUUUGCAAUUGAUCCUAAUGGGUAUGUGCUACUGCAUCCAAAUCUCCAACCAAAGAAUCCUAAAUCCCAGGAACCUGUUACACUGGAUUUUCUAGAUGCUGAAUUGGAAAAUGAUAUAAAAGUUGAGAUUCGGAAAAAAAUGAUAGAUGGGGAAAGUGGAGAAAAAACAUUUGAAACACUGGUCAAGUCCCAAGAUGAGAGGUAUAUUGAUAAAGGAAACAGAACAUAUACAUGGACUGCUGUGAAUGGCACUGAUUACAGUUUGGCACUGGUGUUACCAUCAUACAGCUUUUAUUAUAUUAAAGCCAAAAUAGAUGAACCAAUAACUCAAGCCAGAUUGUCAUCCAAAAAGGUUUCAGAAUCACUGAAGAUUGAUCAUUUUGAUGAAGCUGGCUAUACAUUUUUAGCACCAAGAGAAUAUUGUAACGAUGUAAAAAAAUCAGAAAACAACACUGAAUUUCUACUGAAUUUCAAUGAAUUUAUUGACAGAAAUACUCCAAGCAGCUCAUCAUGUAAUACUGAUAUGGUCAUUAGAGUUUUGCUGGAUGCAGGAUUUACAAAUGAACUUGUCCAAAAUUACUGGAGUAAACUGUCUCUUGAUGGAGUUGUUGCACAAUUUGUUGUUACAGAUGGUGGAAUUACUAGAGUGUUCCCCAAAAGUGCAGGAGAAGAUUGGUUGGAAAAUGCUGAAACUUAUGAAGUCAGCUUCUAUAAGAGGAGUUUAGAUAAUGACAACUAUAUUUUCACAGCUCCAUACUACAACAAAAGUGGUGCCAAUAGCUAUGAAUCAGGUAUUAUGGUAAGCAAGGCUGUGGAAAUAGAAGUGGAUGGGAAGCUUCUGAAGCCAGCAGUUGUUGGAAUAAAAAUUGAUGCAACCAGCUGGAUGAACAAUUUCACAAAAACCACAAUCAAGACCCUGUGCAACAGUGAAAUCUGUGGCUGCGAAAGAAAUAGCAUGCAUGUGGACUGUGUUAUCCUUGAUGAUGGUGGAUUUCUUUUGAUGUCCAAUCGAGAUGAAUAUACACAACAGAUUGGAAGAUUCUUUGGUGAAAUUGAUCCUGGCCUGAUGCGAAACCUGAUUAACAUGUCCCUGUAUGCCUUUAACAAGUCGUAUGACUACCAGUCAGUCUGUGACCCCGAAGAAGAACCAAAGCAAGGAGCUGGACUUCGUUCUGCUUAUGUGCCUACAAUAACAGAUAUUUUGCAACUUGGAUGGUGGGCUUCAGCAGCAGCCUGGUCUAUCUUACAGCAGCUGUUUUUGAGCUUGACUUUUCCACGAUUCCUUGAGGCAGCUGAUAUGGAAGAUGAUGAUUUUGGUGCUGCCCUGCCUAAAACAAGCUGUAUCACUGAGCAAACUCAAUAUUUCUUUGAAAACAAUGAUAAAUCCUUUGGUGGGAUUGUAGACUGUAUAAACUGCUCCAGACUUUAUCAUGCAGAGAAGAUUUCAAACACCAAUCUGGUGUUCAUUAUCAGUGACAGCCAACUCCUGUGUCGUUCCUGUGACCCAAAGCCACUGAUGCAAGCGGAGAAGCCGGAUGAAGGGCCAAAUCCAUGUGAAAUGGUCAAACAACCUAGAUACAGAAAGGGUCCUGAAAUCUGUUUUGAUGAAGCCAAACAGGAUCAGCCUAUAUGCACAACGAGUCGUGCCUCUGCCAUGACGUCCGCUCCUAUCUUCAUUUUUCUGCAAGUUUUCAUGUGGUGUGGAUGGUCAGUUACUUUCUCUAAUUUUUUGUUUUGUUCUUGGCUUAAAAAAUUAGCAGACUUUUCUACUUACUGAGCAUACAAAAGAAAACAGAAUUAAGUGAGUCCCAAAAGCAACAAUCUGGAGUAAAUUACUGUUGCAAUAUUAAGGGAAAUUAAAAAAGAAAAAAACCUGUCUGGAGCCUUAUAAAUCAUAAUUAGUAAACACUAUGGCCUCUCCCACAGAACAUACAAAGACAGGGGAACCUGUUGAGUUUAUAUGGUUCACUCUUUGAAAUCACACAUGUAACAGCUUGAGUCUGCAUCCUUCUCUUCUGAGCAUUUUUCCCUUGUCAAAAGGAACAGAAGAAGAAAGUUUUUUUCACAGAAACAAAGAUACAAAGCAAAUAGAAGAGACAUCAUACCUGUGAGAGUAAAGCUUCACUUAGGAGGUGCCAAGCAUGAGUGUUAUUGUGUGAGUGUUGCUAUUGAGAAGAGUGAGGAGUUUUCACUGCAUUCAAAUGAACACAGCAGUUAAUGAUGGAAGAUAAUGGUGUGCAUCCAAUUGGAAUUCAGUAAAAUAAUAUUUCUUUACUUCUUAAUUUUUGGUGACCUAAACAUAUUAAUUGCCUGAUUACAGCAGAAGGUGAGGUAUAUCUUCUAAUUAACGCCUGCAUAUUGACCAAGUGCAGACUCUGGGGUUUACAAGUAAAGCCUUGGCAAUUAGAUUGUGUUGCAUUUGAUGGUGUGGGACUGUGUCAUGUGUUACUGUGCAAGUGACAUAUCUGCAAGAGAACUGCUGAUCUAAAGAGCAAAAAAAUGUGUGACUGAAGGGGGUUCUGAUCAGCGCUGUUCUGAAAACCACUAGAGGGAGAUACUCACAUGUCUAUCAAAGUAAAGCAAACUGAGGCAGAACUGAAAGCUUACAGGGAAUUUUUCAAAGUUAGUAUCAUGAAAUAUUGUAAUUAAUUGAAAUUUAGAACAGUCAUUUUCACAGUCAUUUAUAAUCUUUCCAUACUUAAGGGAAAAUUAAAUUAAUAUCUUGUUAUACCAAUAUCUCUUGAACAUAAGUGAAAAAACAAUCUUUAAAUUCUGUUUAACAGUUUAUUAUUUGAGUAAUUUUGAAGUUUCUUAUUCUGUAUUUAAAUGAUGACAUUUCUUGCAAACCUAGGAACUUGCACAGCCAUGGCAGAAGAUUGUAGGGAAAGGUGAAAGGCCUUUCUUUAAGCCAGUAGUAUUUCACAUUAAAAUCUAGAUUAACAUCUCAUAUUCUUGCUCAUGCAAUUUGCUCUGCACAUAGCUUUCUUUAAUUAAAAAGCUACUGUCCAACGUACAUAAAGCAGCAGAGACUCACCUUGAACUGAAUUCUUUAUGCCCAAAAUGUACUUUCUACUUAAGGUGGGAAACGCACAGAAUAUAUUUUUAGCUGAUAAGCUUUUGGCAGCAGAAAGUUACAAAGGUAAUUUUGUUCCUCCAUCUUGUUUUUAAUAACUUUCUGAUUUUGGAAAUGGGUUGUCUCUGGACAUUAAUCUGAAUAGUUAUAUUAAAUCACUGAAGCCAGCACUGAUACAAUCCAGCUGAUCAGGUUUUUUUACUUUUCAUCAAGGAUAACAAAAUAGUCAUUAUCACUGCCUCAAAAGGCUUUCUCUUAUUUUGUACAUGCACACUGGUUUUGGUUGCCAUGCCUGAGAAUAAAGGAAAAAACUGUACAGAUUUUUAGCCCCCACUGGGGAUGUCUUACUUCCAUCAGCUCCCAGGUAUGUCAGUGGGAGCUUUGAGGGUGAUCAGCAGUCGAGGCCACUGGAUAAAUCUUGGUGGAAUUGCCUGUGUCCCCAGAUCUUGAUGUCCUGCACUGCUAAAUCUUGGUGGAAUUGCCUGUGCAUGGGGGUCUGAACACCUUUGACAGCUUUGUCUGGUAGUCCAGGCAAAGGAGGGUAACCCAAAAUUUAUGAAUGACCAUGUAUUGAAACUUGAAGUGACUCUUGAGUAAAAGCAAAGGUGUUCUCCAUGUAAUAUGAAACAUUUAAAAUACAUGCUUAUAAAAGGUAUAACUCUGAUGUAAUCAAUUGGUAUCGAAGGCCAGAUCAGAAGCUCUUUGGGCAGAUGUUGUUUUACCCUUUUAUAUGUCAGAAUAGCACAGUGGGUUCUGAUGAAUUAUUAUAAUUUAAAAACAAACUGUUAGUACAUUAAAAAGUUAUAGUACACUUCUAAAGGAGUAACAAGUAUGUUUAUAGCCUUAGCAUAUACAUGUAUAUCUGUAUUUAUAGUUCCUAGUGUAUUUUUAAAAUUUUGGACUGGCAGUGUCUUCAAGGAAGUGCUGAUAUAUAGCAAUUAUUCUGUGGUUUUGAUACUUACCAAUGAAGGUAUGGUUUUAUAAAAGAAUUAAUUUCCAUUCUGAAAGUGCUGAAUAAUUUUCAUAGCAUGUGAUGCUGUAAAACUGCCUUAUCUAGAGCUGUGAUAGUAAGGCAUGACAUGAAGGAGAUGACAUUUGGAUUUGAUACUUCUCUACCUUAAGCAUGCAAGGGAAUUCAAUGUGAUUAAUGUGAGAAAUUACUCACACUUCUGGUGGCUUACAACAGUUCUUUCCAAUUUCUUUUACAUUUCUUUCUCUCUUCAAAGAGAAUUAAUAUGCAGACGUAAUUUUGAAGACAACAAAGAGAGGACAUCUCCACUGGUCUGUUAUUCAGGAUUUGUGUGAUUAAUGUCAUGGGCUGGAAAAUUUCAGUGAAACUGCUUAAAAAUACUUCAGUGUCUAAUUUUACUGGAAGAGGUAAAGAUAAGAUAGUGUAAAGAGAGGAUAAAGUGAUGCUGUAUAUCUUUCUUAUAAGAUACUUCAGAAGAAAUCUCAAAAAUAACAUUAACAUGAAACAGUUGAAAAGUUUCCUUAAAGCUCAAGAAGAGGGAAAGUGUUUUCAAAAAUGGAAUUUGGGGACCAUUCAAAAGUGACAUUUAUCUCAAUCUGGUUUUAAAUUAGGGAUGGAAUCCCACUUAUUUCUAGGGGACCCUUGAUUGUUUUGAUUCAUGUAAAUAAACACAUAAUCAGAUUUUCUCCCCUUUUUAUCUAUUUUAUUUUCCUUGAAAGUAUUUUCACAUGUUCUGUAAUUUUGACAAGAGUGAAAACUCAAAAGAAAAUUACAGAGUGAAAUUCUGAAAAAAAUUGAUUUAGAUUGAAUUUACUGUACCUUCUUUCCCACUACUAUUUUUGUCUUAGCUUAGAACACGAAAUAAUUAACUCAUGCCAGAGACAAUAUUUAGAAAUUUUUCUUGGCAGAACUGCUGGUUUACCACUGCAGAUUGGUCUACAAGCCUCAGACAUUUAAUGUGGUUUUGAUCAAUAUGUUAAAAUCUCACUAACCUUGAAAGAAGUGUAAAAACCCUGUAUACUUUUGUAUAGUGCAGUUUAAUAGUGUCGUUCAUAGUAAGAAGUUGCCUCUCCAUGAGGCUUCCAAGAAAUUCUCUACUGUUGUGAAUUGUGAAUCCCUUAAAAACUUCUCUGUGUAGUUUUAGGGAGAGGGAAAAAGAUACUAAAAUACUUCUUUUCAACCCAAUAGGAAUAUUUCAUUGUGUGACUGAUGAAUGUAACAGUAGUUGAGAAAUUGUGGUGUAGUUAGAAAAAUCUCAGAUCAAGUAGAAAUGGACAGCAGAAUGGAGGGUGUUUUCAAGUACAUAUGGUGGUAGGAUUAAUCUAUGAAGAUAAUUUGCAAUAUUUGGUCUAAUGCUAGAAGGUGUAAGAUGAGUCCAGUAUAAUUCUGUAUGUGGAGGCCUACUUGCUUUGUGUCCGGACUAGAUGCCAUUUUCACUAUAAAGGAAUUUUCCCCUCAUAUUAAACACAAUUUUGUUUAAGACCUUCAUUUUACUACUUAUACUCUCCAGACAUCUCCUGUCUGUUGGAAAUUUUAAAUCUGCUGCUUUGCUUUCAACUCUUUCAUCAAAGAUGACUCUUCUAAGUAAUUUCAGUGAUAACAAUAAUAAAUACCAAGAGGUAACACUGAGUGCCUUUCGCUGAAUUCAUGUUAGAGGAAACCUUUACAGAUAAUUCUGUUUUUAAUGGUAAUCACUGUGAGGAAGAAGCAACAGAGUUAUUUUUAAGGACUUUAAAUAGAAAUAAAGCUGCAUGACAAGAUACAAUGCAGAUGCAAAUAGUGACAGAGCCAAACUAAAUAAACCAGAAUGUUCAGUGCAUCUUGAAAUCUUAGCAUCCUAGUCCAAAUCUGGUACAGCAGAGUUCACUUAGGACUCCUUGUUGACCAGAAAACUUAGGAAUUUUGAACUUGUAGAGAGCAAUCAACUAAGAAGAAACAAAAAACCAAACCAAAAUAACGACAAAAAGCAAAACAAAACAAAAAGCCAAAGCCAAAAUUAUACAACCAAAUUGUAAAGCUAACACAGGACAGAGUUAUGUCUGGAAAACACUACUGUUAAUAAACAAUGGUGGCCAACAUGAGGUAUUUGCUUUAGGACAAAAUGAAUUUUUGUUUCUUUCUAAGGAAAUUGAAUGCUGAUUUGGGUUUUUUUUUGGGCUUGGGAUUGUUGGGGUUUUUUUACAUCCAAGUUUCUAAAGGAGACUCUUGGUGAAUGCUGUAACUCCUGAUAAUGUACUGAGUCUGCUAUGUCUGCUUUAUCUGAUUUUCCAUAUUUUUCCCAAACUGUUUUGGAAACCUACCAGCUUAAAAGAAUGCAUUGUGUGGAGAAUAAAUAACAUUAAGGUUCUCACCCAUUAAAGCUGGUAUAAAGAACUCAUUGAAAGCCUUUGCUAUGCCCUGUAAUUUCCAAAUUCUGUCUUUACACCUCUGUUAUGAAGGAGUUGCCCUAACAUCAUUGGUUUUGUGCUUUUGAUUUAGUCAAAAAUUUCUAUUACCAUUUCAGUGUAUUCUUCAGAGAGGUUAUAAAAAACCACUUUAUCUCCCCUCCUGCCUUAUUUCCUGUUUAUAUCUGAUCUGCCAUUUUUAUGUGCUUUUUUGUUCUUGCCCAUUUGAGUAAACUUGAUGUCCUGCACUGCUAUUCUUACAAACCUUUGCUUAAGGAAGUUUUGCUUAAGGAAACCAAAAUUUGCUUAAAGAAAUUUGCUAAAAAAUUAAAGGUUGUUUAAUGGCGCUUUCUUACUUACCCUGAUUGUACUUUUUAUAGACACACACACACGUCCCUCAGCCUUUUCUGGAGUAUAUUAAGUAUUAAUUGCAUAUGCCUCAGAGGCAUGUCUGUCUGAACCAGGAGCUUUUCCUGCCUUUUGUCUUUCCUCUGCUUUCUGUUAUAUUUUUUUAUUAUUAUUAUUAUUUCUGUGCCAACAGCCAGUCUCUGUUACUGUUCAUAUUCAGUUAUCUAUCCUUCCCUGAAUAUAUUGCUCCUGUUCAAGAAGUUUCCCCAGUUGCUAAUAUACCUACAUUCCUUUCCACCCACACUGGAUUUUUUGCCCUUGGAGGCUUGGAAUCUUUUUGGAAAAUGGAAAGUGUCCAUGGGUACAGAAUACAGUGAAAACAAAAGACCAAAUAUUUUCAGCCUCCAGAGCUAACCAUGAAUCUCAGACUUGUCAGACAAAGCUGUGAGGGAAAAAUUUUCCUGGCUUUUUAGGUACUCGUCAGAGUUGUAUCAGUCUUGAGAAACAAGGUCUAAGGUGUUACAGGCUCCAGAACAGGUAUCAAGUGUAUUUCAGCCAGAUUAAUGAAUAGGUCCAUCAUGUGAAAGGUAUUGAGCAUUACAAGCAAGGUGGGACCAAAGAACAGCAACUGAUGGUGGAGAGGAAUGAAGAAAAGUGGUGUGAUUGCUGUGUGGCAUAAGGAAUAGUUACUGAUGCAUGACAGAGCGCUGCAGCUCAGAGAGAGCUUCAAACUGUAUCAAGCAUGUACAAGUAGUGCAAUAGAAAAUUUCCUUCUCAUACUUGAGCACCAGAGGCAGAGAAAGGAUUUUCAUUCCCUUUGAUCAUAUCUUCACCUGCAGACCAUAUUCAUUUUAUUGUGCAAUCAUUUGAUGAAGUGGACAUAAACAUAUUUUGGUAUUUGCUUUCUAAUCUUGAAAAGUUAUCUGUUCUAUAUUUUCUCACAACAAAGUCAUACUCAGAAUCUUAAAAUGAAUGUUGCUUUAAGGAAUAUAGAUGGUGUUAACUUGGGCCCCCAGGUAUAUUCCAUAUUGUUUCUUGUUUGAUGGUGUAAGUAUCCCAUCUAGUUCAUAAGUGUGUGCUCUAAACCUUGAAAGUAUUUAAUCCUCCCAUGUUUUUAGUUAAAGUAAUAAUGUCACUCUUUUUAUCAAAAAUCAGAGGAACUUACAGGAAUUGUUUUACUGCUAUUUUAGCAAAAUAACAUAUAAGACCAAAAAGGAUGCUUCGAUGGUAGUUCAAAAUAUUGAAAACUAAACUGUAGGUUACUUCUCAAGCUGCUUCACUGUAAUUAAUAUUAAAUGAUUUCUACUCUUCUUGU